UUCUGAAACUUGAUUCAUUCAACGUAAUUUCACUCAAAGCAUACCUACAAGGCUGUAAUUUUGUUUUUUGUUUGGUUUUGUUACAAAUUUACUGCGACUACACCGUCUAAAAUGGACAACAAAAUUAAGGAAAAGUUUAAGAAAGAGAUACUUAACGAAAACAUGAUAAGCGAUGCAGAGAUAUUUAAACAUGUAAAUGAGUUCUAUGCGGCUUCAAAAGAAGUUUUUGAUACAGUGGAUGCAAUUUUGGAUGAUUUGGACAGAGAAUUUAUAGAGGAAAUGCUCGACUUGGAACGCGACAUUCCACAUGUCGAAGAUGAACCAGAUACAAUUGACCAUGUCAUGGAUCUGCGUGCAAAGUUUUUUAAACCGACACCAAGAGAAGUGAUAGACGCUCGUGUUGCUCCGAUGAUCGCCAAUGCUCCUGAACCUACUAUCACAGAGAGAGAAGCUACAGAAGCCAACUAUGACGACUUUUGGGGUGAUUUUUUCGUUGGAUUCGACCAUGAGGAAGACAGUUCGAAUCGCCGAGCUGCUACCGGCGUCGUUCAAUCGCGAGAAGACAAUGCUCUUGAAAACACCGCUGUUGACUAUGUUCAUCCUAUUGAGGGCGAUGGUCCAGUAACUUCACCUUCAUUUUCGAAUAUUGCUACAUCAACGCGCAUUGUUCAUGCUAGUUCCGUUGACGUGAUUGACAGUAAUGCUUCAGUUGAAAACAUGACCACAGUUGAAAUUGAUGCUGUUGAGGGCGAUGGUCCAGUAACUUCACCUUCAUUUUCGAAUAUUGCUACAUCAACGCGCAUUGUUCAUGCUAGUUCCGUUGACGUGAUUGACAGUAAUGCUUCAGUUGAAAACAUGACCACAGUUGAAAUUGAUGCUGUUGAGGGCGAUGGUCCAGUACCUUCACCUUCAUUUUCGAAUAUUGCUACAUCAACGCGCAUUGUUCAUGCUAGUUCCGUUGACGUGAUUGACAGUAAUGCUUCAGUUGAAAACAUGACCACAGUUGAACAGAUUGAUGCUGUUGAGGGCGAUGGUCCAGUACCUUCACCUUCUUCUUCGAAUAUUGCUACAUCAACGUGCAUUGUUCAUGCUAGUUCCGUUGACGGGAUUGACUGUAAUGCUUCAGUUGAAAGCAUGAGCACAGUUGAAAUUGAUGCUGUUGAGAGCGAUGGUCCAGUAACUUCGCCUUCUUUUUUGAAUAUCCUUGCAUCAACGCGCAACGAUCGUGCUAGUUCCGUUUACGCGAUUGACAGUAAUUCCCCAGUUGAAAGCACGAACGCGGUUGAACCCAUCAAUGCUAUUGAGGGUGAUGGUCCUCCUGUAACCGCUGCUCCUGUUUUGGAUCCGAUAGAUUCUAAUCCGAUUGACCGCACACGUCAGAGUGACCACACGACAGGUCACGUAGGACGAACAGAUGAUGAUUCAGAUGUUUUCCUUAAUCGAGUUCGCCGUCAACGCGUUAUAACCGCAAUUACCGUGGCCACACCGGAUUAUAAUGCUGAGUCUGACAUUGGGCUUCGACUAUAUACAGGUCGACAUAUUCCAGUUGUUGUACCAAUUCGUACCGGACCAGUUCCUGGUGUUCACGCUCCUGAUGAACACGCUCCCGAUGAACACAUUCGUGAUGAACACGCUCCUGAUGAACACGCUCCCGAUGAACACAUUCGUGAUGAACACGCUCCUGAUGAACACACUCCCGAUGAACACAUUCGUGAUGAACACGAUCGCGAUAUAAACGUUUCAGAUGAACACAUUUGUGGUGAACACGUUCCUGAUGAACGCAUUCGUGAUAUACACGUUCUUAAUGAACACGUUACUGUUGGAUCAGUUCCUGGUGGAUCGGUUACUGGUGGAUCAUUUCCUGAUGGAUCGGUUACUGGUGUAUCAGCUACAGAUGGAUCAGCUCCUGAUGGUCUAGCUCCAAAUAGAUCAGCUCUUGGUAAAUCAAUUUGUGAUGUACAUGUGUCUGAUGUACUCAUUCCAGCAGCAGCAGAACCAGAAGUCUUCCAGUAUUAUGAUUUUUCAGAUCCUACUCCAGUAAAUGCUGUUCAAUCAUCACCCGAAAACCAAAAAUUCGACGAGAUACUCGAAGCACAAAGACUUAUUCGCGACAUUCUGAACCAGGUACCUACUUCACAAUUGUUCUUGCGGGCGACAACCGGCCAUUCAAGCAUAGCAUUUAGCACGUUCUCCAAUUUGUGGAGCUUCGAAAUACUUACUGUGGAUCCAGACGAGGAAGACGAUGAACGUAUGACGGUGUCACUAGUAAGUGGUUAAUUUUAAAUCCAAGAAGAAAUACUUGUGUUCGAAACACAAUGAUUUUUGUAUUUUGGUUUUGUUUAUGUAAUUUUUAAUAAAAACCAGAUUUUCGCAAUU